AUUCUGUGUCUGGCGGGGCUGCCGAGUUUGCUCGGAGGCCAGCAUCCCAGGGGUUUGGCUCAGGCCCGCAUCUGUCCCCUGCAUGGCCUGGGGUCUCAGAAAUGCCUAGCUUUCCCUCCCCGCUUGUCCCCAUGGAGGGAGCUUGAGAAGACGCUGCGUGAGCUGGACCACCACUCCAUUAGGAGAGAGAGUGACCCUGGGGUCUUCUUUGUGUGCGCUUUGCGACGCUGAUUGACGCAUGUGCAGCUUGGGACACUGGAGGUUUCCUUCCCGCCACCUCCCCUGGAGCUGUGAGAAGGAGGCUGCAUGAGGCAGAGACGCUGAGCUCUGUCUGGGAGGCUGAGUCAGAGCAGCUGGAAGCAGCAAGACCCCGCCAGCCGGCCGGGGAACGGGGAGCGGGGCUCAGCGCUGAGGAUGGCCGGGCCGCAGCCACCACCCUGGGUCCACGCUGCUGUCCUCCUCUGCCUCCUCGGCCUUGGCGGGGCCAUCGAGAUUCCUAUGGAUCCCAGCAUUCAGAACGAGCUGUCCCAGCCCCCGACCAUCACCAAGCAGUCCGUGAAGGACCACAUCGUGGAUCCCCGCGAUAACAUCCUGAUUGAGUGCGAGGCCAAGGGGAACCCAGCCCCCAGCUUCCACUGGACUCGGAACAGCAGGUUCUUCAAUGUCGCCAAGGACCCGCGGGUGUCGAUGAGGAGGCGGUCCGGGACCCUGGUGAUCGACUUCCGCAGCGGAGGGCGGCCGGAGGAGUACGAGGGCGAGUACCAGUGCUUCGCCCGCAACAAAUUCGGCACAGCCCUGUCCAACAGGAUCCGCCUGCAGGUGUCCAAGUCUCCGCUGUGGCCCAAGGAAAAUCUGGACCCCGUGGUGGUUCAGGAAGGCGCCCCGUUGACGCUCCAGUGCAACCCGCCGCCCGGACUCCCAUCCCCAGUCAUCUUCUGGAUGAGCAGCUCCAUGGAGCCCAUCACCCAAGACAAGCGGGUCUCCCAGGGCCAUAACGGGGACCUGUAUUUCUCUAACGUGAUGGUGCAGGACAUGCAGACGGACUACAGCUGCAACGCCCGCUUCCACUUCACGCACACCAUCCAGCAGAAGAACCCAUUCACCCUCAAGGUCCUCACCAACCACCCCUAUAAUGACUCGUCCUUAAGAAACCACCCUGACAUGUACAGUGCCCGGGGAGUCGCAGAGAGGACGCCCAGCUUCAUGUACCCGCAGGGCACCGCGAGCAGUCAGAUGGUGCUGCGCGGCAUGGACCUGCUGCUGGAGUGCAUCGCCUCCGGGGUCCCAACACCAGACAUCGCGUGGUACAAGAAAGGCGGGGACCUCCCGUCCGACAAGGCCAAGUUUGAGAACUUCAACAAGGCGCUGCGCAUCACCAGCGUGUCCGAGGAAGACUCGGGGGAGUACUUCUGCCUGGCCUCCAACAAGAUGGGCAGCAUCCGGCACACGAUCUCGGUGAGAGUAAAGGCUGCUCCCUACUGGCUGGACGAGCCCAAGAACCUUAUCCUGGCUCCCGGCGAGGAUGGGAGGCUGGUGUGUCGAGCCAAUGGGAACCCGAAGCCCACUGUCCAGUGGAUGGUGAACGGGGAACCUUUGCAGUCGGCACCUCCCAACCCGAACCGCGAGGUGGCCGGGGACACCAUCAUCUUCCGGGACACGCAGAUCAGCAGCAGGGCCGUGUACCAGUGCAACACCUCCAACGAGCACGGCUACCUGCUGGCCAACGCCUUCGUCAGCGUGCUGGACGUGCCGCCUCGCAUGAUGUCACCCCGGAACCAGCUCAUCCGGGUGAUCCUGUACAACCGCACGCGGCUGGACUGCCCUUUCUUCGGCUCCCCCAUCCCCACACUCCGCUGGUUUAAGAAUGGGCAAGGGAGCAACCUGGAUGGUGGCAACUACCACGUCUUCGAGAACGGCAGCCUGGAGAUCCAGAUGAUCCGCAAGGAGGACCAGGGCAUCUACACCUGUGUGGCCACCAACAUCCUGGGCAAAGCCGAGAACCAGGUCCGCCUGGAGGUCAAAGACCCCACCAGGAUCUUCCGGAUGCCCGAGGACCAGGUGGUCAAAAGGGGCACCACCGUGCAGCUGGAGUGCCGGGUCAAGCACGACCCCUCCCUGAAGCUCACGGUCUCCUGGCUGAAGGACGACCAGCCACUCUACAUCGGGAACAGGAUGAAGAAGGAGGACGACUCCCUGACCAUCUUCGGUGUGGCCGAGCGGGACCAGGGCAGCUACACGUGCGUCGCCAGCACGGAGCUGGACCAGGACCGGGCCAAGGCCUACCUCACCGUGCUAGCUGAUCAGACCACUCCAACUAACGGUUUGGCUGCCCUCCCCAAAGGACGGCCGGACAAACCCCGGGACCUGGAGCUCACCGACCUGGCCGAGAGGAGCGUGAGGCUGACCUGGAUCCCAGGGGACGAUAACAACAGCCCCAUCACAGACUAUGUGGUCCAGUUCGAAGAGGACCAGUUCCAGCCGGGGGUCUGGCACGACCAUUCCAAGUUCCCAGGCAGCGUCAACUCAGCCGUCCUGCAGCUGUCCCCGUACGUCAACUACCAGUUCCGGGUCAUCGCUGUCAACGAGGUGGGCAGCAGCCACCCCAGCCUCCCGUCCGAGCGCUACAGAACCAGCGGGGCCCCCCCUGAGUCCAAUCCCAGCGAUGUGAAAGGAGAGGGGACCAGAAAGAACAACAUGGAGAUCACAUGGACGCCCAUGAAUGCCACCUCCGCCUUUGGCCCCAACCUGCGUUACAUCGUCAAGUGGCGGCGGAGAGAGACUCGAGAAACCUGGAACAACGCCACCGUGUGGGGCUCCCGCUACGUGGUCGGGCAGACCCCUGUCUACGUGCCCUACGAGAUCCGAGUGCAGGCCGAGAAUGACUUUGGGAAGGGCCCUGAGCCAGACACGGUCAUCGGUUACUCCGGAGAAGAUUAUCCCAGGGCUGCACCCACUGACGUUAAAAUCCGAGUCCUGAACAGCACAGCCAUCAGCCUUCAGUGGAACCGCGUCUACUCCGACACGGUGCAGGGCCAGCUCAGGGAGUACCGAGCCUACUACUGGCGGGAGAGCAGCUUACUGAAGAGCCUGUGGGUGUCUCAGAAGAGACAGCAAGCCGGCUUCCCGGGUGACCGCCUCCGGGGCGUGGUGUCCCGCCUCUUUCCCUACAGCAACUACAAGCUGGAGAUGGUUGUGGUCAAUGGGAGAGGCGAUGGGCCUCGCAGUGAAACCAAGGAGUUCACCACCCCGGAAGGAGUACCCAGCGCCCCCAGGCGCUUCCGCGUCCGGCAGCCCAACCCGCAGACAAUCAACCUGGAGUGGGACCACCCGGAGCACCCCAACGGCAUCUUGACCGGAUAUUCUCUCCGAUACGUGCCCUUUAAUGGAACCAAACUAGGGAAGCAGAUGGUGGAGAACUUCUCUCCCAACCAGACCAAGUUCACGGUGCAGAGAGCAGACCCCGUGUCCCGCUACCGCUUCACCCUGAGCGCCAGGACGCAGGUGGGCUCUGGGGAGGCCGUCACGGAGGAGUCGCCGGCUUCCCCGAAUGAAGCUACUCCAACCGCAGCUCCUCCCACGUUGCCCCCGACCACGGUGGGCGCCACGGGCGCCGUGAGCAGUACCGAUGCUACUGCCACUGCUGCCGCCACCGAAGCCACAACAGUCCCCACCAUCCCAACCGUCGCACCUACCACCAUCGCCACCACCGUCGCCACCACUACCACCACCACUGCCGCCGCCACCAUGGAGAGUCCUCCCACCACCAGGAUUAAGACACACGAAUCCGCGCUGCCUCCCUCCUCACCACUAACUCCUCUUCUAACCCGCCCUUCAGCCCCCGACGAGCAGUCCAUAUGGAACGUCACGGUGCUCCCCAACAGUAAAUGGGCCAACAUCACCUGGAAGCACAAUCUCGGGCCCGGAACUGACUUUGUGGUUGAGUACAUUGACAGCAACCAUACGAAAAAAACUGUCCCUGUUAAGGCCCAGGCCCAGCCUGUACAGCUGACAGACCUCUAUCCCGGGAUGACAUACACAUUGCGCGUUUAUUCCCGGGACAACGAGGGCAUCAGCAGUACCGUCAUCACCUUUGUGACAGCUUACACCAACAACCGGGCCGACAUCUCCACCCAGGGCUGGUUCAUCGGGCUCAUGUGCGCCAUAGCCCUCCUGGUGCUGAUCCUGCUCAUUGUCUGUUUCAUCAAGAGGAGCCGCGGUGGCAAGUACCCAGUGCGAGAAAAGAAGGAUGUUCCUCUCGGCCCUGAAGACCCCAAAGAAGAGGAUGGCUCAUUCGACUACAGUGACGAGGACAACAAGCCCCUGCAGGGGAGCCAGACGUCGCUGGACGGCACUAUCAAGCAGCAGGAGAGUGACGACAGCCUGGUGGACUAUGGCGAGGGCGGCGAGGGCCAGUUCAAUGAGGACGGCUCCUUCAUCGGCCAGUACACGGUCAAAAAGGACAAGGAGGAGACCGAAGGCAACGAGAGCUCAGAGGCCACGUCGCCCGUCAACGCCAUCUACUCUCUGGCCUAGCGGAGCCCGGGUGCAGCCACUGCUUUCCAAGUGGGGGGAGAGGUGCGGGGGCGACCGAGCUGCCUCUGCCUCCGUGGACAGGGGUACAGUGUGGGGGUCUGCCAAGCUGUGAGGACCACUGACCGCCCAGCCAACCAUACGCCCCCUCCCCACAACCCACACGCCAGGUGCCAUUGGUGGGGGAGAGCCUGAGCCACGGCCGAGCUCAGCCGGAGGGCACCCGGGCCCCUGCGCAGCCUCUCGGCCGCCCUGAGCCUUCCCCCCUGCACUGCCUGCCCUCGACCUCAGCACACACUCACCGCUCCCUGUCGGUUCUGGUACUUCUCGUUGCCUUUGUUUUUGCUUUAUGCAUCUUCCCCUUCGAACCCAAUGUCUCCGCUUUUCUUUCCUCCUGAAGUAUCCCUGGGAAAAGAAAGAAUAGGUGGAUUCUCUCUUCCCCACCCCCCCAAAAAAUGAUGGGUGAGAAGUUUUGGUCCAUAAAAGGACAUACAGAAAAGCCGCAGUAUUCCAACCGCGCGGGCCAGUGACUUCGAAGGAAGCCUUUCUCGCCGUAUGCCUCCCCAUGCCCGCAACCCAUCGCCUCGGCCUUGACAGUUGCUGAGCUGGGCUUGGCUCCUUUUCUGGAAAAACGACAGUAUUUUUGGCAGGGAGAGGGCGGACAGGGCUUCUUGCCCGGCUCUGGCUCAGCCGGGAGGUGGGCUACCUCUUGCUCCUCCCUGUCCCUGCCCGAUCCUCCAGAGUGUCCGGGACAGAGCUGCACUGACUGAUGGAGGCGACUGAGGAGCAGGAGCGGGCCUUGAUGGCAGGAGCUCCCACUCCAGUGACUGGGGACCUCACGCAGCAGAAAAUCAGGCACCCGGUCCCUGGGGAGCCGUGCUCAUCUCGAGAGAGGAGAAAAAGAUUGGGCUUGGACUCCUUCCUCCCCAUCAGGGACACCCAGGCCUGGCCGUGAGGACCACACCCACUGUCUCCCAGAGGAGAAGGUGCCCCCCACCUGGCCAGGGCCUGCGCCGUGCCCUCCAGGAGUUGGGGUCUUGGGGUGCAGAGGCUUGGCUGGUGUUCCAGGGGGUGUAAAGCACUGCUCCCCCUUCGCCUCUACAGCUGUCAUCUCCUCGGACGGUUCUCUAUAACAUUGCAACUGUGCAGAUGGGGCGUCCUUCUCGUAGGGGGUCCCCCUGUUGGCCCCAGUGGGACAGCCCCCGAGCUGGCUGGAGGACUCGGUGCGCCUCUCUUUGUAUGCCUUAUGCAACUCCCCCGUGUCCCUGCGGUCCCGGGCGCCUGCCCUCCCUGCAAGCCACAAGCCUCCAGCCUCCAGCCAGGUCUGUCUCCAGGAGAACGGGCGGCCUGUGCAAGCAUCACAGCAGAACUGGAAGCAACUGCUUCACACACGCCCUGCGGCCCGUGGCCCAGAGGAGACAUUCGCAGACCUGCCUGCCGGGCUCUGAGUCUGAGGCCCUGCCUUCGUCCACCCCGCUAAGCCGCUCUC